AUGAUAGGCUAUAAUAUUCUCCGGAUAAAGCAACAAGUACCACAUACAAAAUCUCUCGAUAUUACAAUAUCAUGUAGCAAUGCUGAUGCUGCUCCAGGGAUAGGAAUUCCCCCUCUGGUGCAGCGCGCUAUUGUAGUUGAGGAAAGACUAUGGAGGAAAUCCCCCUCAUGCAACCAAAAAAACAAUGUGGUGGUUUUGCGAUUGUACCAUGAGAAGAUUUCUUCAAGGUUCCGUGAGACUAGGAAGAAAUCUCCCUCCUGGGUGGGUCAGGUAGGGCAGGCUAAUGGUGGUGGUGGUGGUGGAGGAGGAGGAGAUGGCAGCUCUGGUGACAGCAGUGGAGAAGACCAGAACUCCAGGGGACCUGAUGGUAGACAGCGGAAGGCAGAAUGGCAGGGUCCUGCUGGGAAUGGGCUGAAACUAAAUACAGAAGCAGAGGUGAGGGACAAUAAGAUGUGGAUUGGAGCAGUGGUUAGGGACCACGGGGGUGCCCAAGUUAAACUUGAGUGCAGAACCCGUGACACUUCGCAAGUCACCUAUAUGGUUGAGAGCGUGACAGACUCAACCGGAUCCUACAACAUCUUGGUGCAGGACGACCGUGAGGAUGAGGUAUGUGAGGCAGUGUUAGUAAAGAGUUCAGACCAUGAAUGCAACAUUCCGAGCUCUGGUCGGGACCGUGCCCGUGUCAUUCUUACCCGCAACAAUGGCAUGAACUCGAAUGCUCGUUUCGCCAAUGCCAUGGGAUUCCUCAAGAAUGAGCCUUUGGCUAGCUGCCCUCAAGUCCUCCAGAAAUACCAGGAAACUGAAGAUUGA